AUGCUUCAAUUCAGAUUACUUUUAUUGGGAGCAGCGCUCAUUGGCGGCAUAGGAAUGGCAGUCUAUCGGCACUAUAAAAGUAGGGAGCAACAACAGCAAUAUUCCUACGGGGAUAACAGCCCUUCAGGAUCUUCAAACCAUGGAACACGAGCCAGGUAUAGAAGAAGGGUACGUCCACAACCAGGAGAAAUGUGCAGCAUCUGUUUGACAGAAGUCUUCACCGAGGGCAGAUUUUUGGAGUGCGGCCACGAAUUUCACAAGGGUUGCAUCAACCUUUGGCUCAACAGUGAAAAAAAGGUUUGCCCAAAUUGCAGAGCUCCAGUUUUAUGA